AUGACUGCACACGGAGAUAAACCGGCGGAGAGAAAGCGCAGGCGUGACGUCAUCAAAGAAACACGCAGCUCGUCAAAAGAUGACGUCAAACACUUCAAACAGUGCGAGGCUCAGGGCGCGUGCUUCCCCGUGACCGGCGCCCACGUCACGGAAACCUGCACGUCUCCGGCACCACGCGUGCCGCUACACGAGCACUGUUCUGGCACCGCGCAGAUCAACACCCCAGCAGACUACAGUUCUGUUUGGUCGACCUACCAUUCGCCGAAAACCACCGAGUACAGUAGCUCCUGUUUAUUCGAUCUAGGCACAGACGCCCUAAACAUUUAUACGAGUUUCAGCGCCUGCGAGAAGGGGAAACAAUCCAGCACAAUAUUUGACAAUGUUGCUACUGAAUCUGAUCGAGGGUGCAUGAGCAACCUAUUCCAAAGCUAUUGCUCGUACUACACUCACAGUGACCUUGACAACAAGGGGUCGCCUUCAGUACAGGAAGGUCAAGAUGGUGACGUAGUGGUUAAAAGGCGAUCAAGUGCGAACGCCAGAGAACGCAAGCGGAUGCAAAGCAUGAACGCAGCGUUCGAUCGUCUGCGAGAUGUCAUCCCAUCUUUUGGCGGGAACCGGAAGUUGUCUAAAUACGAAACAUUGCAGAUGGCCCAGAGCUACAUAAACGCUCUGGAAGAUGUAUUAAAACACUGA